AUGGAUUACUACAGACUCUGGUUACAGAUGUACUAUCGCAAAGACCUGAUCUUUCCCAGAGUACUGAUUCUUCACGGUGCUCUGGAGGAACAAGUGGCGCCCCCUCCACUCCCCGGGCUCAGCACGGCUGAUGGUGUCACCCCUCGACGGCAAGACGUUCAGAGUCUUUUCUUAAACGAAACUCGUGCCUCCCCAGACCCACUGAGUUACAUGUUCCCACCACCUCUACCUGAAGAGAUCACUACUGACUUUAAACCAUGCAUUGAAUUUUUCUACGCAGAAACGAUACCACAGGGCAUCAGUGGAGACGGCUACCAGGCAUUAUGUCAGCACUAUGAAAAUCAAUACCACUUUGCCACCCUGUAUGACAGAAACCGUCGUAUACCAUUGUUCUCUGUGUAUAUACUCAGUCCUGGAGAUGGACCUAGGCCCAAAAAUACAAACUGGAUGAUUGAACCACGGCUGGUAUCAGACAAAGUCGACACAGGAAUGCAGUACCAAAAACAUCCUGACCAAUAUGUGAAGAACAGCCAGGCAGUUAAUGAAGACUAUAAACACUCUGGUUAUACCAGAGGCCACCUCACCCCCAGUGGUCACCAAAAGACAGAAGAAGACAAAGAGGCUACCUUCACCCUGACAAAUAUUGCUCCUCAAAUGGAAAAGUUCAAUAAAGGCCCCUGGAACAAUCUGGAAGAUAAGAUGGCAGAAAGACUUAAAGUCUGCACAUCAAAAAUGUAUGUUAUCACUGGAGUCAUGCCUUAUGAGAAAGAUGAACCCAAGAUCAAUAAGAGGGUCGAGUGCACACCAAUGCUGAUAGCCUCUCCAGAAGACCCUGUCGCCAGUCCUGUCCAUGCAGAGUGCAGGACCCCCCCCAAGCAUCUCGGGGGGACCAGUCAUCAGGCGGUCCAAUGCGAGUUGGACUCUGACACCAGCUCCCUGUUGCUGAGUCCGGUGAGGGUGGAGGGACAACCGGCUACUACAGCGGUGUGCCUAGUGGGGACAUCUCAGAACAGAUAA